UUAGUGUCUGGAGACACUAGUCCACUCCUUACUAGCUUCACUCGACCACUAUGCGUACCCCUCCAUCCACGGCGUCCUCGACGUCCUCGACCACAUCUCUUCCCGCUGUCCCCGAGAUGGGUUCUUCUCGUGACCCGCCUCUCAGUCCUCCAAAACCUCUCUUUUUCAUCGACCGCAAGAGCUCCGGACAGGAUGUCGAGGAAAUUCGCAGAGAUCCUUUCCGCUCUCCCGACUCGUCUGUCCCAUCCACCCCUCGCAGUGUUAUCAGCAACCCGUUCUCACCUCCCGUAAGUGUCGUCAACCUUAGUUCCGACCAGCAUGUUACCAUUGCCUCUGGAACUAAUGCGACACCUUCACAUUCCCGAGCUCAUUCGAGUCGCGUCUCUGUCCAUUCGAGUCUGCGCAACUCCACCACUGAACUCAACCUCAAGGAAGUGAAGCCCGGCCUAACUAGCCGGGCCAGUUCCCAGAUUCGAGAUUCAUUCAUGUCCCCACCUACCCUCGCUCGUCGUGCUACCUUUCACGAUGCAAAUGGUGUUUCUCGUCUCUCUGUAGCGGGACCGAAAUAUAAGCGCUCCCGCUCCACGAUGUUGAAGGGAGAGAUCGAGAAACCUUGGAUCGGGGAAAAGGAUGUUUAUGGCCGUAUUGCCUAUUGGCUCACUUAUGGAGUGGGCUUUCUCGGUGUAGCGGGUUCCAUCAUUCUCUGCUACUUCGGGUGGCGUAACGUUCCUCGAGUUGGCAACCUUUGCUUGGUUAUGGAGGACAACUUCGACCAUUUCGACACCGAUUUUACUUGGCAACACGAGGUCGACAUGGGCGGAUUUGGAAAUGGGGAGUUCGAGAUGACGACCACUUCUUCCAACAAUUCCUUCGUCAAGGAUGGGCAUCUCUAUAUCGUCCCCACUCUCACUUCCGACGUGAUUGGCAAGGACGCGGUUUUUAACGGUUAUACCUUCAAUAUCACCGGCUGCACGAACACCAACACGUCUGCUUGUGGCGCUAUCUCUAAUGAAACGAUUGCCACGGUCAUCCCUCCUGUAAUGAGCGCUCGCAUAAAUACUCGUCGAAGUCAUCAUAUCCAGUUUGGCAAGGUCGAAGUUCGCGCGAAGAUUCCCAGAGGUGACUGGCUCUGGCCAUCCAUUUGGAUGCUUCCUGUCAAUGAGAAAUACGGACCUUGGCCCCGCUCAGGCGAAAUUGACAUCAUGGAGGCUCGUGGGAACAGCCCCGAAUACAAGGGACAGGGAGUGGAUGUUGUCCGUGGUCAACUCAAUUGGGGCCCAUUUUCAUGGUUGAACGGUGUAUCCAAAACUUUCGGCUUCUGGUCUGACCGUCGCAAAUCUUACGCGGACGAUUUCCAUACCUACGGCAUGGAGUGGACACCUCAUUUCAUGCGCAUCUACGUCGAUUCUCGUUUGCACAAGUUGCUUGACCUUCGUUUCAAGGUGCCCUUUUUCGAGCGCGGCGAUUUUCCUGAGACCGUGGCCAACGGCUCCCAGUGGAUCGUCACUCCAAAUCCUUGGAAGGAUGGCACGAAAGCGGCACCUUUUGACCAGCCCUUCUAUUUGGUAAUGGACGUUGCUGCCGGCGGUACAACGGGUUGGUUCCCAGACGGCCUUGGUGACAAACCUUGGUUAGAUGGCUCUCUGACUGCCAUGCGUGAUUUCGCCCUGGAACAAGAUACUUGGUAUGAUACCUGGCCCAAGAAUAUCGAAGACCGUGCGAUGGUCGUGGACUACGUCAAGAUGUGGCAAUCAUGUUGAUAACGAACGACGCUCAUGAUGUUCUUACCCCCAACUUUAUUGUAUAGCACCGUCACCCAUAGACUAUAGGCGGGUCUUAUUUUCUUUCACGGACGUUUACGGUUUGUUUGAUUUUGCCCGCGUCUGUGUGCUUUGCAACGAUUACGUUUCGGGCUAUGGACGGUCUAGCUAUGGGUCAAGAUUUUGGCUUUUUCUUGGUACUGCUGUGUAUUAUUGGACUUGGUCUCGAAUACAUCCAUGAUCGUAUUGUUUGCAUAUAUCGGUCCCCUCCGGUAUCUUACUAAGUUGAUCAUACUUCGUAGAGUCGCUCAAAAGUCGCUAGGGGAUAAAUAUGGUCUUAUCGUUCAUUUCGCGCUUCGCCCAGUACUUCUAUCCAU